ACGAAGGAGAAUAAGAAAAGCGUGAGUCAGUGGGUACGGCAGCUUAUUGCGCUUCUCUCUCUCUCUCUCUCUCUCAAGGUAUCAUCACAGAGUCCGACCGUGCGAAGCCGAGCGACCAACCAAAGAGCUCAACCAUGUUGAGGCAAGCUCCUCGCCUGUUGGCCAGAGCGACCUCCAUGGCGAGGGCUCGGACCUUUUCCUCCGCAGAUGUGCCGGCGACUCCAACCGUGGAUUCAUCGUUCGUAGAGGCAUGGAAGAAGGUGAUCCCGAACAUAGACCCUCCCAAGACUCCCCUCUCUUUCAUGCAUCCCAGACCCACCACCCCUUCCUCUAUCCCUUCCAAGCUCACCGUCAACUUCGUUCUUCCUUACCAAUCCGAGCUCUCUGGCAAGGAGGUUGAUAUGGUCAUAAUCCCAGCAACAACUGGGCAGAUGGGUGUUCUCCCUGGACACGUGGCCACUAUUGCGGAGCUGAAGCCUGGUGUCAUGUCCGUGCAUGAAGGGAAUGAUGUUACAAAGUACUUCGUUAGUAGUGGUUUUGCAUUCAUCCAUGCAAACUCCUAUGCAGACAUUAUUGCUGUUGAGGCAGUACCAAUUGAUCGCAUUGACCCAAACCUUGUCCAGAAGGGGCUCGCAGAGUUCACCCAGAAGCUCAGUACAGCCAAUACUGACUUGGAGAAGGCUGAAGCUCAAAUUGGAGUAGAUGUCCACAGUGCUCUCAACUCGGCCCUCACAGGCUAGUGGUUCUUGAUCAAGAAAAGUAUAGUUUUCUUAUAUCUUUCUUUGGAUUGCAUGCAUGGAUGAUGUAUUCUCCUUUCUAGAUUUUCCCUGAUUUCAAGAACAUUGAAUAAACUUUUAGAAACAAUGAACUUUGGAAAUGUUUCUCUUUCC